AUGCCCGCCCUUCUCGCGCAGGGCGCGCAGCAAGCGGCCGCCAUGCUCACGGGGCAGCUGCGGCGCGCGCCGUCGCUGCAGCGGCUGCAGCAGCUGCUGGAGGGAAAGAGGGGCGUGCUGAACGAGGUCCACGUGGCCGCGGCGGCGCUGAGGGCGGCCGAGCUCGCCAAACCCGCGCCCGGCGGCUCGCCCGAGCAGCAGCGGGAGGCCCGCCGCGGCGCGGCGGCGGUCAUGGCGCAGCUGUGCGACGAGCUUCGCGGCGGCGCGCUGCGCGGCAUGGCCGCCCACCAGCUGGCCGCGGUCGCGUCGGGGCUCGCCGCGGCGAGGCUCGCCCCGCCGGCCGAGGCCGCGGCCGCGAUAGAGGCGCACCUGAUCGGAGGCCGGGGCAGCGGCGGAGGCGGCGGCGGCGGCGUGCUGCGCUCGGCCGACGGGCCGGAGCUGGCGCAGCUCGCGCGGGCCCUGGCGGCCGCGCGGCUCGGGGGCGCGGCGCUGUGGCAGGCAGUGGCCGAGGCCGCGGCGGCGGCGGGCGGCGGCGGGGGCGGGCCAGAGGUGGCCGCGUUGGUCACAACGAUGGCGGCCGUCUCCAAAGCUUCCGCACACAUUGCAGCGGCCCCGGGCGGCAGCAGCAGCAGCAGCAGCAGCAGCGACGUUGGCAGUCGUAUCAGCAGCGGUGCAGCCGAGGCCGGAGCAGACGCCCCUGGCCUGCGGGCGGCCUGGGCGGCGCUGUGCGAGCGCGCGGCGGCCGAGGCGGGCCGCUUCACUUUGCAGGACGCGGCGGUCGCUCUGCACGCGCAGCAGGCGGCGGCCCCUCACAUUUUGGGGAGCCCCUGGCCCGCCUCGCGCCUCGCAGACGCAGUUGAGGCCGGCCGCGCCUGCGCCGGCGCGCCGGCGGGCCACGACCCGAGCUCCGCCGCGCAGCUCGCGCUCGCCGCGGCGCGCGCCGGGCGCAGGCCGCGCAGCCCGCUGCUCGCGCCGCUGCUGCGGCUGCUGUCGGCGCCGGGCGGCGCCGUGGCGCUUGCACCCGCAGACCUGAGCACCGCGGCGGAGGCGCUGGCGGCGGCGGCGGCGAACGGCGGCGGCGGCGGCGGGGGCGCGUGCGAGGCCGUGCCGGUCGCGGAGGCUGCCGCGCUCGCGGCAGAGUGCCGGCGGCGCCUGCGCGACUUCCACGCGGGAGAUCUCCUCCGCCUCCUGCGCGCCAUGUCGGCAAGCUUGCGGCAGCCCGACAAUGGCGGCUGCGGCACGGUCAUCGGCAGCGGCAGCGGCGGCGGUGGCGGCGGCGGGACGUUUUUGGGGGCGCACGUGCCUGAGACCGAGCACCUGUGGUUCGAAAUCGCAGACUGCCUGGCCGCGAAGGCGCAGCAGCUCAAGCCCAGCCAAUGCCUGCAGCCGCUGAGGGACUGGCCGGCGCCGGCGCCGACGCCGCCAGGAGGGGGGCGCCCCGUCAGCACCGCCGCCCCCGCCGCCCCCGAGGUUUUGCUGCAGGCGCUGGAGCGGCGGCUCGAGGCCGGGGCGAAGUUCGGGCAGCUGUCGGUGGGCGAGGCGGCGGAGGCGCUCGCGCUGCUGGCGCUGCAGCGGCGGCAGGAGGGGCGGGGCAGCGGCGCCGCCGGCCUCGAAAAGGCGGCGGCGGGGGCCGCCAUCCAGGCGCUCGAGCGGGCCCCGCCGGGGGACCUCGCGCGGCUCGUCGCCGCGCUCGCGCCAGGCGGCGGGCAGCAGCAGCGGCGGCUCCGGGACGCGGCCGCGCCGCGGCUGCUGCAGGCCUGGGGGCGCGUCGGCGCGGAGGGGCGGCGCGCGGCGGCGGGCGCGAUGGUCGACUCGGGGCACCCGGAUGGCGCCCUCCUCGCGCGCCUUUCGGGGCUUGGUGUUGGCGUUGGCGUUGGCGGCGGCGGGCCGACGGCGCUGGAGCGGGCGCUCGCCGACAGCGGCAGCAUGCAGCAGCUGGCGGUGCGCGUGCGGCGCCACCAGCCGGCCAUAGGGCCGCGCGAGCUCGUUGCCGCCGCGGCCGCCGCGGCGCGGAUCGCGGCGGGCGCUGCGGGGGUCGUGGGGCGCUUGGAGGGCGAGCGGCGGCGCCGGCCACGGUGGCGGAUGCAGGGGUUUGUGGCUGCUCCAUCCGAAGUGGGUUUGGAAGGGCGGCGACAAAACUUGCAGGGGCAGCAGCAGCAGGGGCAGCAACAGCAGCAGCAGAAGGGGCAGCAGCGAGGGCAACAGCAGGGGCAGCGGCAGGGGCGGCAGCAAGACGAGCUGCGGCAGCAGGCCCCAGGCCGGCCCCCCGAAGACGACGGCGCGGCCGCGGCGGCGUUUUGGGGUGACCUCGCGCCGAGCCUGCGGCGCCACGCGGCGUCCCUGGGCGCAGCGGAGUUGGCGGCGAUCGUCGGCGCGAUGGCAGCUCACGCCUCGCCGCCCCCGCGGGCGGCGGCGGCCGAGGCCUGCGCGGCGGCAGCCACAGCCGUCCAGCGCGCGGCGGCAGGCGGCGGUGGAUGGGGGGCGGCGGAGGCGGCGGUGCUGGGGCAGGCAGCGGGGGUGGCAGAGGCGGCCGCGGCGCUGGGGUUGCGGCAGGACGCGGUGUGGCGGCCGCUGCAGGGAGCCGUGGCGCGGCUCGCCGCCCUUGCAGCCACCCACCAGAGCGCUGGCGGCCUGCAGGACCCGCAGGGUUGUGCGGGCCCAAGCGGCCUUGCAGCGGGAACGGCGCCUGCGGCGGCGGCGCUGCGCGCCGUGGCGGCGUUCGCGGAGGGCGCGCCGGCGGCGACGGGCGCCCGCGCGCUGCAAAGCGCGGCGGAGCUGCUCUGGGCCGUCGAGCCGGCGGCCUUCGCGCACGGUCGGCCCUCCGCCGCCCUCGCGGCGCAACAGCAGCUUCCCGCCGCCCUCUCUGCGGCCGCUUUCGCCCUCUCCCGCUCCCCCGCGCCCGCGCCCGGCCGCCUGCGCGAGUGGCUGGCCGCGGCGGCCGCCACGGCGCCGUGGGACGGCUGCGACCGCCUUGGCGCCGCGGAGGCCGCGGCGGGGCUGGCGCGCAUGGGCUGCUGCCCGCCGGUGCUGGGGGACCGCGUGUGCGGCGCGGCGCUGAAGCUGGCGGGCUCGAUGGGGCUGCGGGAGCUGGCGGCGACGAGCGAAGCGGUGACGUACGGGCUGGCGCCGGAAGCGGCCGGAAGCGACUCCGUUGAUGGCGGCGGCGGCGGCGGCGGCUUCUCGGAGGGCCGCCGCCGCUGGAGCAGCAGCAGCAGCAGCAGCAGCAGCAGCAGCAGCAGCAGGGCGGGGCAAGUGGGCCCGAGGGUGCCGUAG